UAACCCUACUUGAGAGUUUUUACCGUAAUCGGAAAUACCAGAGUUUAGCUGUACAUACCGGAGUGACAACACGGCCAUUAUCAAGGCUUUGAACGAAACGAAACAAAAAGAAAAUAGAAACAAUGCCUUCAAAAAGUACCACUGCCAUUCUAACAAAGCUUCGAUCUUUAAUGAGAAACAAAGCAUAUGUUUCAGAGCCAUUGCAUGCUUAUAUUGUACCUUCUGGGGAUGCACACCAGAGUGAGUAUAUAGCACCUUAUGACAACAGGAGGGCAUUUAUCUCUGGAUUUGAUGGAUCUGCAGGCACAGCUGUUAUAACAGAACACGAGGCUGGUUUAUGGACAGACGGACGCUAUUUUCUUCAGGCCGAGAAGCAGCUUGAUGAUAAUUGGACACUAAUGAGAGAUGGAAUACCAGGCACUCCUAGUCAAGGUGAUUGGUUGUCAAAAGUUCUUCCCAUGGGUGGAAGAGUCGGAGUGGACCCAUUUCUUAUGGCUACAGAGACCUGGAAACCUCUUUCUAAACUUCUAAAAUCUAACGGACAUCAUCUAGUGCCUGUAUCAGAAAAUUUGAUAGAUCUAGUAUGGGAUGAUCAGCCGUCACCUCCUAGCAACAGUCUCAUGAUCCUUGAACAGAAAUAUACAGGUAAAACAUGGCAGGAAAAGAUAUGUUUGGUCCGUGAAAAGUUAGAAGAGAAGAAAGCUGAUGCCCUUAUUUUGACAGCUCUUGAUGAAGUAGCAUAUUUAUUCAAUAUGCGAGGAUCAGACAUAGAAUAUAAUCCUGUAUUCUUUGCUUAUGCUGUGAUAUGUGCUAAUUCUGUACAUUUAUUUCUUGAUGAAGAAAGACUAGACAACAAAGUUCGACAUCAUUUAAACCUAGAUAUGCAAGAUGGCAACGAUGGUGUAAGAAUUACAAUUCUUCCAUACAAUGAUGUAAAAUCUUUUGUUGCUGAUCUUCCCAAAAAUGUCUCUGGAAAAAUAUGGAUAAGUGAGAAGUCAAGUUUUGGUUUGGUAAACUCUAUACCAAAGUUACGAAGAUUAAGUCAACCGUCACCUGUAGCUUUGAUGAAAGCUGUAAAAAAUGAAGCAGAAAUUGAUGGCAUGAAAAGAGCACAUGUGAAAGAUGCGGUUACAUUGUGUGAAUAUUUUAGCUGGUUAGAAAAAAACGUUCCCUCAGGAACCGUAACAGAAGUAUCUGCUGCUGAUAAAUUAGAACAAAUAAAAAGGGGACAAGAAGACUAUGUUAGUCUAAGCUUUGCUACAAUAUCAAGUACAGGUCCUGAUGGUGCAAUUAUUCAUUAUCAUCCAUUACCAGAAACAGACAAAGCAUUAUCAACAGAAGAAGUUUAUCUGUGUGAUUCAGGUGCACAGUACAAAGAUGGUACAACAGAUGUGACUAGAACUAUGCAUUUUGGUACACCAUCUGACUAUGAAAAGGAAUGUUUCACUCGAGUGUUAAAGGGCCAUAUUAAUCUUUCUACUGUUGUUUUUCCAAAUGGUGUCAAAGGUCAGUUAUUGGAUUCUCUUGCCCGCACUGCAUUAUGGGAUGUAGGUUUAGACUAUUUACAUGGUACUGGACAUGGUGUUGGAGCAUUUCUCAAUGUACAUGAAGGUCCAUGUGGUAUUCAUCAAAGAGUUAUGCAUGAAACUCCUCUACAAGAAGGAAUGAUACUGUCUGAUGAGCCCGGUUAUUAUGAAGAUGGUAAAUUUGGUUGUAGGAUAGAGAAUGUUGUCAUCAUAGUAAAAUGUGAUACAAAGUAUAACUUCAGAAAUAAAGGAUUUUUAACAUUUGAACCACUCACAUUAGUGCCAAUACAGCGAAAAAUGAUUGAUGCAAGUCUUCUAACACAGAAAGAGAUUGACUGGUUGAAUGAUUACCACUCUAAAUGCAGAGACAUUGUUGGACCAGAGUUACAACGUCAGGGGAAAACUGCAGCCUACCAAUAUCUUAUGAGAGAAACUGAACUUGUUGGAUAAAAAUUUAGAUUCAUUUGCCAUCAACAUUUGUAAUAUAUACGUAUAUGAUAUGACAUUAUUUGUUGAAGAGUUAUGUUUGUAGCAUCAUGUUAUGAAUUUCAGAGUGAUAAUAAAUGCAUAAGUAUAUCAAAAUUAGCUACUGAAAGUUUUCAUAACCAAUGCAAACUUGCUCAAUAGUAAAUUUUUUAAGUAUGCAACUUGUAUGUUUGUACUCGAAAGAUGUUUAUUUUACAUUAAAAUGAGGCUGUAGCAGCAGUAAUCAGUAUUUUUAUAUAUUAAAUUUGAGCAAUAUAUCAUUAUUCAUGGAACAAAUGAUUACAUUAAUAUUGUAAGAUAAAGAAACGUUAUGAAUUAUAACAUCUGCAACUUUUUAACAAAUAUUAUCAUAGUUUUACUGCUUGUGUUGGGAGCUCACUUAACACCUUGGUAUUAGGUUAUAUCUCAUUAAAGGUUAAUGAUAUUCAUUUAAAAUUUUAGGGAUCAUAAUUUUAGUUGUACUAUCCAAUACCCUUAAAGCACAAAUUUUCACUGAAUUACUCCCCUUGCAACAUAUUUUUGUUAAAUAUUGUGGUAGUAAGUUUUUUUCUUUUAUCACUAAAUAGUUCUCUCAAAACCUCCUAAAUGUAUUAUUUUAUGGUGUUAAAUUGUAGGUCACUGACCAAUAAUACCCUAACACUUACCAGUAUAUUAAUUUUAACUGAAUUAUUUCCCGUAAGAAAAUUACUGAUGAAUGUUUUACACAACCACUGCAGGUAUCCUUUCAUUUAUUCUUUAUAUUUUUGUUUUACUAAUACAAUAGUGUGGUGUUGUCUUUUUAGCUCACCUGUCACAAAGUGACAGGGUGAGCUUUUGUGAUCGCUUUUCGUCCGUCGUCCGUCCGUCGUCCGUAAACUUUUACUUUAAAUGACAUCUCCUCAUAAACCACUAGGCCAAUUUCAUCCAAACUUCACAGGAAUGUUCCUUUGGUGGUCACCUUUAAAAAUUGUUCAAAGAAUUUAAUUCCAUGCAGAACUCUGGUUGCCAUGGUUGCC